AUGAAGUCGCUUUGUGCAUGGGAGGAAGUUUCACGCAUCCGUGAGUAUACCGACAAGGAGGUGCUACACACACGAAGAGAAUGGAAGCACAACGCAGACAAGGUUUUUGGUCAGAGUUCUAUGCUUGGCCCACACGCAUUCAACCCCGAUGGAACUACAUGUCUUGAGUAA